UAGAGUCGUUCUGGCAAAUUUUCCAAAAAUUAUAUCAUAAAACACCUAAAAAAGCAGGUUUAUAAGGCAACCAAACAUGAAUUUCUUAAAAAAUGUUGUCCAGUCGCCAUUUACUAGGUCAGUACUUCGAGCCAGUAUCCUUCGACCAGCAGGUGUGACGAUGAACAGUCAAGAAGUAGGUGUGAAGUUCAUGUCUUCACAAGUUGGGCCAGUUGACCUACUUUCUGAUGAAGAACAAAUGAUGAAAGACACUGUCAGAAAAUUUGCACUUGAAAAAGUUGGUCCUCUGGUGCGGGAGAUGGAUGCCAACUCUCGCUGUGACCCAUCGAUACUUGCCGGCCUGUUUGAAAAUGGCUUUAUGGGGAUGGAAAUCGAUGAAAAAUAUGGCGGCCCGAACUGUAAUUUUAUCAUGACGAUGGUCGUGAUUGAGGAACUCGCUCGUGUUGAUCCAGCUAUUGGGACACUUUGCGAUGUUCACAAUACGGUUGUAGCGAAUCUCCUCAACAAGGUGGCGUCAGAUAAACUAAAGGAGAAAUACCUACCUCAGCUAUGCACGGAUAUGGUUGGUAGUUUUUGCCUCUCGGAAGCCGGAUCUGGUAGCGAUGCAUUUGCCUUGAAGACAACAGCUGUUGAGGACGAUGGAAAUUAUGUCCUCAAUGGGACAAAAUUGUGGAUUACGAAUGCAGAACAUGCCGGUAUCUUUAUCGUUUUUGCCAACGCUAGUCCGAAGGACGGAUACAAGGGGAUUACCUGCUUUGCUGUUGAUCGGGAUACUCCCGGUCUGUCAAUCGGAAAGAAGGAAGACAAAAUUGGUAUCAGAGCUUCCAGCACUUGCCCUGUCAAUUUGGAUAAUGUCCGGGUACCAGCAGACCAUAUCGUUGGAGAAUUAGGACAUGGUUAUAAGUACGCUAUUGGUCUUCUUAAUGAGGGACGCAUAGGGAUAGCAGUACAGAUGGUUGGACUUGCUACCGGUUGUCUUGAAAAUACAUUGGCCUACACUAUGGAAAGAAAACAAUUUGGUCAAAGAAUUUGGGAUUUUCAGUCAAUGCAACAUCAGAUUGCUCAUGUGGCGACGCAGAUUGAAGCAGCUCGGGUUCUUACUUAUAAUGCAGCAAGGCGAAUGCAAGCGGGUCUUCCAUUCGUGAAGGAAGCGUCAAUGGCCAAGUAUUUUGCAGGUGAAGUUGCUACCCUGACGACUUCAAAGUGUAUGGAAUUCAUGGGCGGUGUAGGAUUCACCAAAGACUAUCCGAUUGAAAAAUAUUACAGAGACUGUAAGAUUGGAACGAUAUAUGAAGGCACAACCAACAUACAGUUGAACACUAUUGCCAAGUGCAUACAACAGGAGAAGCAUUAGUGUUUCUUGUUUACAUGUGUUAUCAGUGCGGUGUUCCUUGGUUUUGUGUGUGUAGGGUACUAACAAAAGUGACAUUUGCAAUUUGUUUUCAUGUUGUGUUUUCUGUCUUCCACCAUAUCAGGGGAUGUUUUUGGAAAUACCGGUAAUGAGUACAAGAAGUAAGUUAAAUCAUGCUACAUUUACCUCUUUCUUGUGAUCAUUAGGCCUAUCACAGGGACUUUUGCCCAAGUCGUGAUAAUUGUAAUUAUGAAAAGUGUAAUAUAUAUGACAUCAAUAAUAAAUAAAGACUAGUCUUUAUGCUGUGUGGCUGUGACUAAUUGAAGUAAUUUGAUGACCAACCGAAGAGCAACUAUGUACUUGGAAUCUUCUCUAUAUCUGAUCAUACUAGUAUAAUGUACAUGUACAUGUAAUAUGUGAAUAAAUGCACAAUAGUACCC